CGCCUGUUGCCCGUUUGUGUUGCUGGCUCGGGCAGCUCUGCUAUAAAAUGAGCUUAGCCGCCUGCGUUGCCCAUUCAUAGUUCUCUGCUCUUCAGUUCUUCCUCCAAACAAACUUCGAGUAGAGAUGUCGUCGCUUCCUGAACUCGAGCUCAGCCAGCUCCCGGGCUCGUCCGUUGGCGAGGGCGUUGAACGGCGGCAUCAGGAGGAGGAGGACUUGGGCUCACCUGCAGCCGCGGCUGCAGCUCCUCUGGUUCCAGCACCAGACACCGCUGACAUGAGCGCGCCCGAGCUCAGCCAGCUCGCGGGCUCAUCCUCUGGCGAGGGCGUCGAGCGCCAGGAGGACUCUGCUGCUGCUGCUGGUGGUGAUGCAGUUCCUCUGGCUUCUGCAUCCGACACCGCCGACAUGAGCGCGCCCGAGCUCAGCCAGCUCGCGGGCUCAUCCUCUGGCGCGGGCGUCGAGCGUCAGGAGGACUCGCCUGCAGCAGCUGCAGUUCCUGCGGCUCCAGCACCCGACACCGCCGACACUGGCGAGAUCGAGCUGCAGGAGGUGGAAAGGGAGAUGUUGGAGGCGGACUUGAUCUUCGUGCCCGUGUUGAACAACUUGUUCACGCGCGCGCUUAUCGUCCCCAACCCCAUGGCCGUGAGGUACGUAUACGGCGCCCUCUUCGGCCUGAUGACCAUUGUAGCCUGGACUGUGCGGGACAUCGAACUACCAGGGUUCGACGACCACUACGUCUGCGAUGGAUCCCACGACUGCAUCGCCGCUAACGGUGUACUUAGAGUUAGCAUGGGCGUUGCUAUCUUCUUCUUAAUCAUGUUUGCGUCGACUGUGAACACAAGGAAGCUGUACGAAUUCCGCAACUUCUGGCACUCCCAGUGGUGGAUUCUCAAGGCCACUAUCUUCUUAAUAGGCUAUGGAUUCGCCACUUAUGCACCGUCAUCCUUGCUACAGUUUUAUGGGACGAUCGCACAUGUUGGAGCAUGGUUAUUUCUUGUCAUUCAAUUCUUAAGUAUGACCAGCCUUAUCAUGUGGGUGAAUAGAUGGUGCCGGGUAGAGUCCAACCGCCAAAGAUGGGCUGGGAUGACUUACGGUCUCCUUCCGUUGCGUGCGGCUCCGGUUGUCUUGUACAUUGGGUCUUUCCUGAGACUGGGUUUCAUGUACUACUCCUACGCUCCAUAUUGCAAGCCCACCACAAGCAUAUACAUCUCUGUCACGGCGUCGGUCGUCUGCCUCAUGUUCAUCAUAUCAUGUGUGCGCAAGGUCUCGGGAGGCUACUUGGCACCAGGUAUGAUGAUGGCGUAUGUUGUCUUCAUGUGCUGGACAACCAUUAGAAGUGAGCCCCACACAGAGACUUGUAACCAGAAAACAAAACCCACGACAGAUUGGCAAAACAUCCGGAGUUUUGUUAUUGCGGCAGUCGUCAUCAUCACAUCAACUUACACUGUAGGCAAAGACUACAAAUGCAUCCAGUUCAGCAACAGGAUAAUAAUGUUAGAAGACGACGUCCCAUAUGGAUAUGGAUUUUUCCAUCUUGUCUUUGCAUCUGGGGCAAUGUAUAUUGGGAUGCUAUUUGUUGGAUGGAAUGCACAUAGAACCAUGGAGAAAUGGACUGUGGACGUAGGCUGGGCAAGUACGAGGGUGCGGGCUACUAGUGGAUUGGUAGUAGCAAUCUGCUACAUUUUGAUGCUGGUUUCUCAAGAGUUGUGGAAUUUGAUGCUUGCUGUGACAUCAAAUUCUUCGCAGGCGAGACCUGCUGGAGCCUCUAUGGUGGCGCCAGCUGCAUGAUCCAUUAUUCAGCUCACCUCUAGAUAAAUAUAAUUCAAUGUUGUGACAUUCCUUUUCUUUAGCUUCCAGUUGGGUGUGAUCUUUGUAUGUUCCUACUUUGCUAUUGAUAAUCUAGAGACUGUUGGAUUCAUCUAUAUGUGGUUAUUGUACCCAUGAACCCCCACCGAACAGGAUGCUGCUUUCUCUUUUUUUCUUA